AUGGCGUCCGUGAAGAUGACAUGGACGUUCGACAUGCGUCUCCUGCUGGACAUGCUAUUUGAGCCGGAAGCUGGUCGGACUCCAGGUCAACGCAGCAAAGCCUUCGACUCCAUGUUCAAGGAUCAGAUCCGAAGGUUCGGCUUCGUCGACGGCAUACCCUACCGUCGUCUCACUGCGCAAUAUCACGAGAGGAAAAAACUCAACAAGGAUUGGGUCCGAAUCUGCUCCUCCACACAGUCUGCAGCAGACGUAGAGAAAAGAAGGUCAAUGCGGGCUCGACUUGACAGUUUCCUGCAGUCUCAACCAUCCGUGUGUCAUACCUCAGUCAAGAAGAGACCUCGCGAUUCGAAUGAUGAUGUUCAUCAUCGGCAGGGAGAUCCUGCACCACUCAGCAAGAGACCUCGCGAUUCGAAUGAUGGUGUCCGCCAUAGGCAGCGGRGAGAUCCUACACUACUCAGCAAGAGACCUCGCGAUUCGAAUGAUGGUGUUCAUCAUCAGCAGGGAGACCCUACACCACCCAGCAAGAGACCUCGCGAUUCGAAUGAUGAURUUCAUCAUCAUCAGCAGGGAGAUCCUACACCACUCAGCAAGAGACCGGCAAUUGGACUGUGGACGCCCGAGACUCCCCAGCGCCCGUCUCGACCCGCGGCCAAAAUCGCGAAGACAUUGACCCCAAGGCGGCCAAUUCUCACCAAGCCAAAGAGUCCUAAGUCAGCUAGGCUCCGACCUGAUGGCUCUACCAUUUUAGUCUCUGAAAAUCUCAUCAUUCGGGACCUAGUACCGUCAAUUUCACAACAUCGGGCUCAGCCACCACUACCGAAACUUCUCUUCCGCUUAUGGCGUGAGGAUCCCUCUGGACGAGACAGCAAGAACGGGUUUUGGUCUAGGCGACAUCACAAGAAGAACGCCUUGUCUUCAAACCCCCCGCGAAGCAGUUCGAUCGACGCCACGGACAUUUUUGAUCACAUGAAUCGCAGCCUUGUGGACACACCAUUCAUCUCAACCUCCAAUCGCCUAAUAUGGAUAGUUCAGCAGAUUGUGAAUGCCAUCAAGGACAACAGUGGCCAGUGGCAUGUUUCUGUAAUCGACGUCGAUGCACUCGACAAUCGAGGAGUAUUCUGGGCAAGGCCUUUCCACGACGAAGUCCGGUUAUCAAAGCCCUUCACGCGCGGCGCGGGCAACUAUAGAGGGACCUAUGAGUUUCUUAUUUGGCAGAAGAUCCCAGAAGCUGCAAUCGUGCACACGUUCAAAGCACGCGAUCUCCUAAACCUCGCUUUGACCGACGAAAUCAACAAGACCAUGCGCUUUGAUGUGCUUUAUCCUCGCGCAGCUCUGGCUACGAAGAUUGCAACACUACGCAGACAGGAAGUCGCCCUUUCAGACAAUGCCGUCGAAACAAUGGCAACUCUAGUCAACUCUCUCGGAAUUCAGUCUCCCUACAAUGCCGGCMACGUCUCAGCUAUCGUCACUGGAAUUUGUGAAGGAUGGGGCCUUGACAUUCAGCAUCGCGACGAAAAAGAGUGGCAGCAGCUCGCCGGGCACUUCGCCACUCGUCUUCGCAGCUUCGAGGCACGGGAGCGACAAGCCGUCAAAUUCGCGUUCCUCGACGGAGUAGCUUGGGGUUGCGGCGAACCGAACGCAAAACACACGGCCGAGGCCAUCCAGCAAAAAAUCAAGAGGGCUACAGCAGUCGGCCUUGCAUCUCCGAGCGACAUUCUUGCACAUGAGCUGGAUGCUCUAAAGCUGGCACUCAAGUUGCAGGAGAAAGAAAACCAGCGUGUCCUGCAGGCCUACCACGAUCCUGCUCGCAGCCGUCGUCCUCAACAUCGCAUUGAACUGUUUGAAUUUKAUGAGAGCGACAAUGAGCUGGGACAUCUUGAGAUGACCGGAGAAGACGACCAUUUCCCMGCUGAAGAUGAGGAGUUGGCACACGGUGAGGAAGAAGAGAUCAUGUUCGACUCCGAAGGCGAGGACGAUUUCCCUUUCUAG